AUGUUCGUCCCUCGUCGCGCCCUCUUCGCCGCCCGAAGAGUUCCCACUUUCUUUCAUCCGAUUGCACGAUACGCUACCGAAGCAUCAGACGUGACGCUACAAAAGCCCGAUGAAGAUGUUGCACAAGUGAACCAAGAAGACGUCGUUACAAAGCCCAAAUACACGCCCAGAGCUAAAGCUGCAACUUCGACUGCGUCUGCGAAGUCGCCAACUGCAAGGUCUACACCUGCAGCCGCAUCUACAAAGUCUACAUAUGCGUCCAAGACAUUUCCUCCAAAGCCCAUGGCAAGCAGCAAGAGUGCUAAGCCCGAGAGCCCACACAAGCCUGUUACAGUGUCGAAGAGCAUUCUGAGCGAGACUAGCGAGACGGACACGGAGAACACAGACCACAUCAACUGGGAGACGAGCUGGUACGGCCUGGGUGUGAAGGCUGUUACUCCCGAGCAGAAUGAGAUUCUCGCAAGGCCAGUUGAUGCUGACGAUGUGGAGGUCAAGCCCGAUGGUAUCAUCUACUUGCCAGAGGUCAAGUACCGACGGCGGCUGAAUGAGGCUUUUGGUCCGAUGGCUUGGGGAAUGGUCCAUCGUGGGGAUGUCGUUAUCGGCAAUCAGAUCGUGACGCGCGAAUACGCUCUUAUCGUGAACGGCCGCCCCGAAUCUAUCCCUGCCGCCAUUGAGGGUGCCAAAUCCAACGCCCUGAUGCGCUGCUGCAAGGAUCUCGGUAUCGCCUCUGAACUCUGGGAUCCUGUGUACAUCCGCUGGUUCAAAAAGCACUACAUAGAGGAAAAAUGGGUUGAGCACGCGGUCACUAAGAAGAAGAGGACUUUCUUUUAUAAGAAGGGUCUCGCUGAGGCAACAUACCCUUACAAGUUCUGUUAG